AAAUGCCUGAAAGAAUAAGAAGAAAAAGUUGUCAUUGCAAUCAAUGUGGCAAUUUGACCUAAUUAGAAUAUAGAAAUAUGAGUGUACCAUUCAUUAAGAAAAUUUAAAACUUAAGAAAAUUGCCAUCUCUAAGUAAUAAUCGAUUGUUGACUCCAAAUCAUCCAAGUAUAGAUAUAUGAUAAUUAGAAAAAAUAUUAAGAAAAUAUUCAGCAUCUAGAUAAGAUACAUUAACAUGUACUUCUUCUUCUUAACUUAUACUUACAAAUCUUCGUAGAGCUUCUGCUAGAAGUACUGAAAAAUUAAUAGAGGAUACAUAAAUUCGUAUCUUUGAACCACUUACAUCUUGUAGAACACAUCUAUUAAAUACUCAAUUAUCACAAGAGAUUAAAACUAUUGCACUCCAAAUACCUAAAUCUUAAAAAAUUAUCAAAACUUAACCAUCUGAUAAUCAUAAAUUUAAAUUAAUUCAUGUUAGAACUUUGCCUAGGAUCUAUACUAGAAACUUUCUCAACAAUUACUUAAGCAAAUAUAAGAAAAAGAAAACCAUUUAGAUUUUAUAAAAAAAUUGA